GUUUCCGCAAUCACCUUUUCAAACUGGUGUGCCGCAUACAAAAGACGUCUCCUUGAGAUCUCUCAUGAGGAGAGAUGAACUCGUUCCGAUUCGGUCUAGCCUCAUGUAAGAUCGCAAAAGCGCAGUUUCAUACACCCUGCGAAAUCAAUUUGUGACCCAGCAACGCCAACCUCAGACGAUAUUUGACGUUAUCAGCAUCUCAGUCUUAAUCAUGUUCAGUCUGUUCAACAUCACAUUCCGUUAUGUGAACUACCGAGCACCUUUCGACAUGAACAAGACAGGUGCCAUCCAUGCUAAUGGAAUUGGUGCCUCAACGAUCCAACACGCGAUCGAUGUCGCACGCAUCACCGAAGGAUCUCUAACUCCGACAGCAUCCGCAUAUCUUGAAGACGCUAUCGAAAACAUAUGGUCACGGAUUCUUUGCACACCAGGCAUCUAUAUCCUCAGCAAGGAUGGACUUGGUCUCUUCAACUACUUCAUUGCUGGGUUCGAAGGUCUCCAUGUAGCCGAGCAAGCAAUCGCUAGAUACUGGGGUAACAAGGGGUAGGGGGAAAAGGGGUGGACGCGAUACCUUUUGCCUUUUGGAAUGCAAAUGCACACCUGCUCGCAAGAGCGAUCCUGGGAGUCAGUGGGCAGACUAUGUUUAGGGAGGUCAACGGUGCGAAUUGAGGGACGGUUCGAGAUAAUAAGAAGUCCGUAUCAGCUCGGUACAACGAAACACGGACUAGAAUUCAGCUAGUCGAUGAGCAUUUGUGCUGAGCACUUGGCGAGACCUAGAUUCAAGUUUGAAGAAAAGCUCCGUGACGAAUCACUCUGAUAGUCCCAUCGGAGCGAACGCCUCCCGC